AUGGGACGAGACAGAUCUAGAUCAAGUUCAGACUCAGACGAAUAUCGUUCUAACAGGUAAACCCCUUGAAAAAUACCGACUUUAAAGCUUUUUCAGGAAAAGAGAAGAGACUCAUAGGCGGCGCGAGCACGAUAGACAUCGAGAUUCGGAUAGAGACAGGGAUCGACGGCGCCGAAGGUGAGUGUUUGUGCGUUUCUUGUUCGAUAAUGCGAGUAGGAGUGCGAACUUCGUUCGAAACAACAACAAAAACCAACAGGCUGCUUUCAAAGCUGUCUUUUUUACAGAAAAGGUUUGCAUUUCCGUUCUCCAACAUUCCUCUCCGUCUGAACAGACUAGGAAAUUAAUUCGAUACUUGAUAAUUUGUUGGAUUGUACAUAUUGUAAUAAAAUAAAAAAAGCCGCAUAGUGUAAAUCUUAUUUAGCAGCGAAGGGAAUCGGCAGGAGCUGUGGCAGAGGAUGAAGCGAAGAAAAGAAUGUUCUGAAUAACUUUUCUGUUUAACCCCUUUUUCCUAGUUAUAAAUCUAUCAGAUAACCACAAUUUCAGCCGUUCCCGUUCUAAUUCUUCCCGUCAUCGGAGAGCGGAUGGGGCGCAACGCAAUCGGAGCAACAGACAUGGCUCCGAUUAUAAAGAUACAUCUGUUCUGAAUCGAUCUUCUGUCGGAAGUCACUUCGGAACACCACCUAUCGACACUGCGGAUUUCGACAAUUGGGUAAACAUUCUGGCAAAAGUCGAUCAAAGUGUAAGAAAACCAGCAGAGUUUUUUAGAUAACAAACAAUUUAUAGGAAGACGUAGAAUACGCCCGAGAAAAGUAUCGAUCGUUUUUGGCUAGAUAUCCAAACUGUUACGGAUUCUGGCAGAAAUAUGCCGAGUAUGAGAAGAAGAUGGGCAACAUGACAGAAGCGAAGGCUGUUUGGGAGAAGGGAAUCAUCAACAUUCCAUUAUCGAUCGAUUUGUGGAUAGGCUACACUGCUGAUGUGAAGAAUAUCAAGGAUUUUCCGCCCGAUUCGUUGCGAGAGUCAGCAUCUGAGCCGAAUAAAUCAGCAUAAAUUGUAUUCUUACAGCUUGUACGCCAGAGCCCUCGAGAUUGCAGGACUAGAGUAUCAAAGUGAUCGUCUAUGGCUAGAAGCAAUCGGAUUCGAAAGAGCAGUGUACAUAAACGAGUUGUGUAAAGGAAACACGACCGCCACCUGCAAAAGAAUCGGAAUUAUGUUCGAUAAGCUUCUGGGAACUCCAACGGCACAUGCAUCCUCGCAUUUCGAAAGAUAUGUGGCGUAUUUGAAUACAAUAGAGCCACACUUGCUGCUCAGCGAACGAGAAUAUGACGAAAUAAUGAAGCUUGUCUGUAAGCGACUUGAGAAACCUGUAAGUUCUUGCUUCCGUUCUCACCAUAUAUUCUCAAGGUUCUCUCAAGUUUCAAGUUUCUCUUUUAGAUCGAAGAGCUGGUGCGCCAGGUGCAACUCAGCUACAUUUGUCAGGAAACUGCAUAUGGAAUGAUGAACAUUGUCACAGAAUCGGGAGAAAACACUUUCUCAAUAACAGUUAACAGUGCUCAACACGAUCCGGCCGCUCUUCAAUUCAUCCGCGAAGAGAUCAUUUCUCGUCGUCGUCGCAUUUAUGAAAAAAAUAUGAGAGAAUGCGAGAUGCGCGCCGGUUUCGAAACCAACAUUAAGAGACCAUAUUUCCACGUCAAACCUCUCGAUUACCCGCAACUAUUCAACUGGAUGUCUUAUCUAGACUUUGAAAUGAAGGAAGGGAACGAGCAGCGCAUCAGAAUUCUGUUUGACAGAUGCCUCAUUCCGUGUGCUCUUUACGAAGAAUUCUGGAUUAAGUACGCUCGAUGGAUUUGGAAAGUGUACAAAUCACGAACGAAGUCUCGUGAACUGUACGCGAAGGCUAAAAUACACUGUCCCACUUCCUUAAAUUUGGCGCUGAGCGAAGCCGGCUUCGAAGAAUCUACUGGUAAAAGAAGACGAGAAAUCGGUCUAAAUGUUAUUUAUUUCAGAUAACUUUGACGAGGCAAUAAAGAUUUUAGACAAGUUUCGCCAGGAAUAUCCCGGAUAUGUGCUCCUUGAGCUCCGUUAUCUCGGGAUUCUCCGGAGAAAAGCGGAGAAAGAAGGCGGACCAUCAUCGGAAUUCGUUCUCAAUCAGUAUGAGGCACUCAUCAAAGAUUCACAAAUUUCGCCAAAUCUUCAUUCAUUCUACAGCCUGAAGCUUGCCAGAUACCAUCAAAAAUCAAGACACGAUCCGAAAUUGGCUCAAAAGGUUUUGAAAAAAGCCAUCUCGAUUGAUCCAUUCAAUCUGCAACUGUACAGUCAGUUCGUUGACGUCGCCUACUCAUCCGAUGUGAUGACUGAAGUAAGCAAUCAGAUGGUUUCUUUCUUUCAAGUUCUUCAAAUUCUUUCCAGUUAGAUGUAAUUCAGUCGUUUGAUAUCGCUUUGGACAGCAAUUUGAGACUGGAAGACAAAAUUAGGUUCAGCCAGCGGAAGCUGGACUAUUUGGAGGAGCUCGGCAAAAACAUUCUCGCGUUAGUCGUGAUUCCGAUGCUUAUGAAUGACACUGUUUCGUAAAAAUAUUCGUUCAGGAUCGAGGAUCAUCGAGAUUAUCAUUAUCAUCUUCUCGGACAACUGCCGGACACCGUGGCGAUUCGUACUAGAUUCGUAAAUGACCCAAGCAGAGCGUGAGUUGUUCGAACUUUCGCUUCUUAUCACACUGUGCACUUUCAGCGCUUUCGUGCCAACAAUGCCACCCCAACAACAACUCGUUUUUCCGCAGGCCUCGUUACAACAACCCGGGGCACUUGGAAUGAGUUUGUUUAGUUUAUAAUAAUCUUGUUCAAAUCAGAUUAUUUUCAGUGCCAAUGAUUCCAAUUCAACAACCGAUGAACUUUAUAAACCAAGCCCCACCUACCGUUCAACUCACACUCAUCGAAAAUCCAAUUAAACCAGAUAUUAUCUGA